CAAAAGUCUUCAAUCGUGUGUUUUUGAUGGAUGUAAGUCGGAUCUAAAUCUUACAAUCCACAUCGCCACACUCUGGGGAAUCAAUAGCAUGUAUAUACAGUACAUACAUAUAGACAUCUAAAUAUAAAAACGUACAUACAGUAAAUAUACAUAGGGUUAUGUUCCUAUGUAUUUAUAUAAAUGGCAUAUAUACACAGGGGAACAUAAUCAGAGCACUCUCUCUCUUUCUUUUGCUGCCUCUCUCCCACACACACAUACACACACAUAAACACACACGCACACUAGCAGUGAUCGGAGCAGAUGAACAACCGACAGGCAGGAGCAGCUCUGUUUAGCUGCUAUGGAGCUCCGACUGGAGACAUGUACAAGUUUUUUCAACAGACAUUUGAGGGAACAUUUAUGAAAACACAGCUUGUUUAUUGAAGAAACAGAGAAGGGUGGAACAACUCGAUCAUCUUGUUUUUCUUUUUGAGAGGAUGAAAUCUGAUGUUAAUUUACGAGUGAUUCAGUCAACAGAAACACCAAGAAAAUGUAUCAUGAACAGGAUGCGCUGACAACAAAUGCAAGAAGCACCUGAGCCCAUACUGCCUCUCCGCCCAGCAACACUACUUUAAUGGUUGGAACUACCCUCCCCAACCUACAUUACUGCCCCCGCAGACACAGCCUGAUGAUCGCCGGUGCCAUGGGAGCGGUGCGGGUCAAUAGAUACAGCAUCGUUUCCACAGACGAAGAUCCCCUGAAGAUCUCCACCUUGGGCCUCCACAACGGCCACAGUCCUCUGACUCAGCAGGCGCUGUCGGGGGCCUGCAUGCGCUCUGAAGAAGGAGGAGAAGUGGGGGAGUGUCCAGGAGUUGACGAGGGAAGAGGGGCUUUAUCUCUGAGGGUGACGAAUGAGCCCAUCAUCCGCAACAGCUGCCGCGCUUCACCUUCCUGUCUCGACCUGGGCACCGGGCGCCUGCGCAGCCGCUUUGUGAAGAAGAACGGCCAGUGCAACGUGGUGUUCAACAACAUGGAGGACAAGCCGCGCCGCUACCUGGCGGACAUUUUCACCACCUGCGUGGACAUCCGCUGGCGUUAUCUGCUGCUCAUUUUCACCACCACCUUCCUUCUGUCAUGGCUGCUGUUUGGCGUGAUCUUCUGGGGGGUGGCGCUCAUUCACGGAGACUUUAGCCUCCGCGUACCCGCGAAGGAAGGGGACCCCGGAGCCAAUGCAGAGGACGCCAAAGACGAACCGCGGCCAUGUAUUCUCCACAUCCAGGGUUUCAUUGGGGCCUUCCUCUUCUCCAUAGAGACCCAGACCACCAUUGGCUACGGUUUCCGGUGUGUCACCGAGGAGUGCCCGGUCGCCGUGGUGACCGUGGUGGUCCAGUCCAUCGUGGGCUGCAUUAUUGACUCCUUCAUGAUCGGCACCAUCAUGGCAAAGAUGGUGCGCCCCAAGAAGCGGGCGCAGACCUUGCUGUUCUCGCAUUACGCCGUCAUCGCGUUGAGAGACGGCAAGCUGUGCCUCAUGUGGCGCCUGGGCAACAUGCGCAAGAGCCACAUCGUCGAAGCGCACGUCCGCGCGCAGCUCAUUAAGCCGCACGUGACGGCGGAGGGCGAGUACCUCCCGUUGGAGCAAACGGACAUUGACGUCGGCUACGACGACGGGCUGGACCGGCUGUUUCUGGUGUCCCCGUUAGUGGUGGUGCACGAGAUCAACAAGACCAGUCCUCUGUACAACGUGAGCCGCAACGACCUGCUCAAGGAAGACUUUGAGAUCGUGGUCAUCCUGGAGGGGAUGGUGGAGGCCACAGCCAUGACCACUCAGGCCCGCAGCUCCUACCUGUCCAAGGAGAUCCUGUGGGGUCACCGCUUUGAGCCGGUGGUCUUUGAGAAGGGUGACCGCUACCAGGUGGAUUACUCCCGCUUCCAUAAAUCCUACGAAGUGCCAUCCACGCCUCACUGUAGUGCCAGGGAACUCAACCAAAUAAUGGGCCGUGGCGGUCAGUCCUCGUCCUCCAGCUCGAGUUACUCCCGGUCUCCGUCGCCAUUCGCCCAGAGGGCAGGCCGCCACCUCCUGGCACCUCACUCCCCCAGCGCUUUCUGCUACGAGAACGAGGUGGCCCUGUGCUGCGGGGACGACGAGGAGGAUGUGAAAGAGGAGGCAGGGCUGAAAAUAAGAAGCGACAGAGAGGUGAAGAUAAGGGAUGACAUUCACUUGGGAUUCAAAGAGACAUUUGUGGAGGAGCAGAAGGUGGAGAUGCUGUGUGUUCUGGACUCAGAGAAUCAGAUCGGCCUUGACAGACUACAGCCCACUCUGCCUUUAUACAUCAGCAGAGAGUCAGGAGUUUAAUCGAUGGUAAUGGCUGCCCAUACGUUUUGUUUCUUCUCUUCGUCUGUGUGCUUCCAACCAAAGUAUUGAAAUAGUUUGAAAAUAAAAGAUUUUUUGCGGCUGUCCUAAAACCCAUUUUGCUUUCGAUCACGACUUUCUGGCUCCAGGUAGUGUACACUUUCAGUUGUAACAUCAGCAUCUAAAGAAUGCACAGCUCAUCUUCUUUGGAAAAUGGUGACCGGGUAUUUCUCUCAAAUCAUGAGGUAUCUUGAAAACGUUCUUGCUUUCUUGUUUUAGUUAUUUUGACAGUGAUCUACAGUUAGUUUUUUUUGUAAAUAUUAGAAGAUUUUGUUUUAAUUUUGAAAUAAUUAUGCAUCAUAUACAUAAAUGCUAUGUAAAAAUCCAUUCAUUCAAGGAAGACUGCCACAAAUGCAAACUUAAAAAAUAAAAUAUUUCGGUAUUUUGAA